AUGGCGACACCUCUUUCAUCAACCAUCAAAUGGUGUCAAAAAGAACUUGGGCCAAUUUGUGAUGGUGUUGGAAUGGUUGUUCGAAGUCAGAUUGGUUAUGAUGGAAGAAAAUUAGAGAAGAAUUGUCGGAGGAAAAUCCUACAGACAAUUGUUAUGGGUGGAACUGAGGUGGAUUCGUUGAAGGUAAGCUUUUUGGAGGGGGAGAUUUUUUAAAUUUUGUUUGAGAAAAAUAACUUGAAAUUUUCCAACACGAAAAAAUUUUCGUGGAUUUUUUAGCACAAAAUAUGAACAUUUUUCAACAUUUCUAGUUUUAUUCAAACCCACGGUGCAGACCAUUUUUUUAUAAAUCUUUGGCAAAAAUCCAAUUUUCAAAAAAAAGCUAAAAAAGUUCAUGCUAAUCUUGAAUUUCAAAAAAAAAUUGAAAAUUCAGAAAAAGGUUUCAGAUAGAGCAAAAAAAGUUUCAAAAAAAAUCUGCUUUUUUCAGGAGCCCAACAAAACCAACGAUCCACUUCUCUCUCAAGCUCUUCCAACAACAAACGAAGCUCUUCAACGUGCUCGAGUAAUUGCAGCCGGAAUCGAAACUUUCGCUAAAUUAUUAUCACAAGGUGUAUAUCCCGGUUCUGGCGGUUUCACUGUAUCUGACAAUGGCGAGAAAAUUUAUAGUCGACAAGCUUCGCCAAUGCAAACAAAUAUCACUGAAAAUUUGAUGAAAACUGCGGAACUUAUUGGAAAAGGUGUUGUCAAAAUAGCACCAUUUCCAUUGCCGGUUAUAACUCAAUUAGGAAAUUGGACAUUAAAUAAUCCUGGAUUACCGAUUCCAAAUGAAUUGAAAAAGUUCCCUCAAGUUGCACAAUUAGAAAUAUUUAUUCAAUCGGCACUUGGAGGAAUUCCAUCUAAAAAUAUUAACAUUGAAAGCACCUCAAGUCUCCCAAAAAUGGCAAAAUCAGAGAAAACAUCUCCGGAAAAUAUUGAAGCAGUUGUAGAAGAAGCUAUUCCAAUUGAUAAAACAUUGACAAAAGAGGAGACUGAAUUUCUAAUAAAAGCUGCAAAAUCAGUAGAAGAUGAGAAUGUUGAGACGAAAAUCUAUGGAAAAACACCGAUUGUUUAUCGACCAGAACUGCCCAAAAAUUUUGAGUUGAAUAUAAAUACUGGAAAUAUUCAUACACUUUCGAGGAGUAAUGAGAGCAAAGUUCCGGCUACGAGGAUUGGAAGGUUGAGAUUUUUGAUAAUUUAAAAGAAGUUUAAAAAUCCAGAUUUCUCGAAACUUUUGUUCGAAAAAUUUCAAAAAAAAUUUGAAUGCCUCAAAAAUUUUUAAAUUCUUUUUCUUCAAAAGGAUUUUCAGAAGUUUCAGAAGUUUACCUGAAUAACCAACGAAGUUAUCAGACUAUAUUUUCAAAAUCAAUAUUUUCCCCAGACUCGCAACAUUUGGUCAAUUAGCUGUUGGUUUACUUGGUGGCGCAACUGCUGAAGUCACAAGAAGAACAUUUGGAAUUGGAAAGAAAACAUUGGAUACAGCUGGAUCGCCUAAUAAUCCAUUUCUCUCUGAAGCGAAUGCUGAUCGAAUUGUUGCAACACUUUGUCGAGUUCGAGGAGCUGCGCUAAAGUUGGGACAAAUGCUCUCAAUUCAGGACAAUUCAACAGUUCCACCAGCUUUGCUUCAAGUUUUCGAGCGAGUUCGUCAAAGUGCCGAUUUUAUGCCAUUGAAACAAGUUCAUAAACAAAUGAAAGAUGCGUUUGGAGAUGAUUGGAGGGAGAAAUUCGAGACUUUUGAUGAGAAACCAUUUGCAUGUGCUUCUAUUGGACAAGUUCAUAAAGCCACUUUGAAAUGUAAGAUUUUCGGAAUUUCGAAAUUUUCCAAUUAAACCCGUCCAACAUUCUCAUUUUGCAGGUGGUCGUGAAGUUGCUGUAAAAGUACAGUAUCCCGGAGUAGCUGAAGGAAUCGAUUCAGACAUUGACAAUUUGGUAUCAGUUUUAUCAGUCGGUGGAAUAUUUCCGAAAGGAAUGUUCCUCGAUUCAUUUGUCAAAGUUGCUCGACGAGAAUUAAAACAAGAAUGUGAUUAUGAAAGAGAAGCAAGAGCAAUGAAAAAGUUCCGAGAAUUAAUUGCUGAUUGGAAAGAUGUUUAUGUCCCUGAAGUCAUUGAAGAACUAUCAUCUUCUCGUGUUUUGACAACUGAAUUGGUUUAUGGUAAACCAGUUGAUGCUUGUAUUGAAGAAUCACAAGUUGUUCGCGAUUAUAUUUCGAGUAAAUUCAUUGAAUUAUGUCUCAAAGAGAUUUUCGUGUGGCGAUUUAUGCAAACCGAUCCAAAUUGGUCCAAUUUCUUCUUGGGAAAACAUCCGAAAACUGGCGAACCUCGAUUGGUUUUAUUAGAUUUUGGAGCGUCUAGAGCGUAUGGAAAAGAAUUUGUUGAUACGUAUAUGAAGAUUAUUCGAGCCGCUUAUGAUGGAGAUAAACAAAAGAUUAUUGAGUGAGUUCAAGAGGUUUUAAUUAAUUGAUUAAAGAGGCAGGGUUCCAGGUCACAUCAAUUAUAAUUAAUUUUUAGGUAUUCACGUGAUAUUGGAUUUUUGACUGGCUACGAAACAACAAUAAUGGAAAAUGCUCAUGUUGAAUCAGUAAUGAUUAUGGGAGAAACACUUGCCAGCAAUCAUCCAUACGAUUUCUCACAUCAAGAUGUUACGAAAAAGAAUUCAAAAAUUAAUUCCAGUAAUGUUAGAACAUCGUCUAACAUCCCCACCUGAAGAAAUUUAUUCUCUUCAUCGAAAACUUUCUGGUUGUUAUCUUCUUGCCGCAAAAUUGAAGGCUACCGUAUCUUGUGGUGGACUUUUUCAUGAAAUUCAGGAAAAUUAUCGAUUUGGACCCGAUGGAAAAGAUAUUAAUAUUGAUUGA